AUGGCUACAUCCCAACCGCAUAUUGCGGCACGCGGCUAUGGAACAAAUUCUACAUAUAUCUAUGAGUACUCGAGGGGGCUCGGUGGUGUCGAUGUUCCCCGCGAUGUGAUUAUCACCCGAAUUAUCUAUUCGUCAGUCGUCAUUCUGGCAUUCAGCAUCUUCUGUGGCAGGAUAGCACAGAUUAGCCAUGCCUUCCUCCGCCAAAUUACUUCGGUGACAGCCGAUAGGAGGCAGCAAACCUUCUGGAGCCAGGAACAUUCGGCCUGGUGGGCCAACAUGAAAAAGCACCUUCUUUAUGCUCCCCUCGGGCGAAAGAGGCACAAUCGAGAGGUCCAGCUUUCUUCUGCUAUUGGCAUCGGUACACUACCCUCCCGGUUCCAAACCAUCCUGGUCACUCUGUACUUUUCCAGUCAAGUUGCAUACUGCCUGUUCCUGGAUUAUAGUGUUAAUGAGAAAGCGGCUCUUGUCGCGGAGAUUCGGGGUCGCUCUGGAACGCUGGCCGUUCUCAACAUGGUGCCAUUGUUUCUUCUGGCAGCCCGCAAUAACCCGCUCAUUUCGAUUCUGCAUAUCAGCUUUGAUACAUACAAUCUCCUUCAUCGAUGGCUUGGCCGUAUCGUUGUGAUUGAGUCCCUUGUUCACACUAUUGCUUGGGCCGUCAAUGCUUGUGCGGAGCAAGAUAUGACGGACAUGCUUGCACGCUUAAGGAAUGAGCCAUUCUUCACUUGGGGUCUGUUGGGAACGGUUUCGAUGCUUUUUCUGGCUCUGCACUCCCCAUCUCCAAUCCGCCAUGCCUUCUACGAGACCUUCCUGCAUCUACAUCAGCUCGCCGCCCUACUCGCCUUCCUCGGUGUAUACGCCCACCUAAGCAUCGACAGUCUUCCCCAAAGAAGCUGGGCCCAUACAAUCGCCGUGAUCUGGCUCCUCGAGCGCACCCUACCAGGGGAAGCAUGCCGAGUGACCUUUCACCUCCCCAAACAAGUCGACAUCAAACCAGGAUGCCACGUCUUCGCCUACAUCCCCAGCAUAUCAUGGUGGAUGUCGCACCCAUUCUCAAUCGCCUGGACCGAAAACAGCAGCAAACCCAGUCCCUCAACAGCCAUGGCCGCCCACAUAUCCGACUCAAAAUCCUCCUCUCCACUCACUCCCUCGUCCCUAGAAAAACAAUCCUUCGAUCUAGACACCUACCUCAACCCAGCCCACACCCCAACACAAGUCUCCCUCAUCAUCGGCGCCCAGCAAGGCAUGACCCGCCGCCUCUACAACCUCGCCAACACCAGCCCGCUGAAAACCCUCACAAUCCCAGGCUACAUCGAAGGACCCUACGGCUCGCACCCGACAAACGUAUCCAGCUACGGCACGGUCGUCCUCUUCUCAGCCGGUGCAGGAAUCACCCACCACCUGCAGUAUACGCGGGAUCUCGUCCAGCGCGCCUCAACCGGCCGCGCCGCAACACGCCGCGUCUACCUCAUCUGGUCCGUCCGCUCAACAGAUCACCUCGCCUGGAUAAGCGCGUGGAUGGACCAAAUCCUGCGCCUGCCGAAUCGACGGGAGAUUCUCGUUGUGAAGCUCUUUGUUUCUAAACCGCGGCGCGCGGCGGAUAUUGUUUCGCCGUCGGCGACGGUGCAAAUGCAUUCUGGUCGGUGUCGGCCUGAUGUCGUUCUUGAUGAGAUUUUGCCGGUUAGGGUUGGCGCGACGCUUGUUUCUGUUUGUGGGCCUGGUGCCUUUGCGGAUGAGGUUCGGGGGGCGGCGAGGAAGAGGAUUGGUCGGGGUGCUGUGGUGGAUUUUGUGGAGGAGGCUUUUACUUGGUAG